GAGAGCGUAAAGUUCCGCCACAUCCCGUCGUACGUCGGUCUGCAAACGCAAAGCGCUAUAAUUGGUUUAAACCUAAGACCGGCUUUCGUCAUUGAAUUGCGACUGCAGCGGUAGCAACCAGGCAGAAACAUGGCACCUUCUCCAACAAAGAGGAAAGAGGACGACAAGAGUAAACAGCGAGGUAAAGAGAAGUCAGGAGCCACUAAAGAUGGUGGCGACAAAGAUCGGGGUCGUGACAAGAAUCGUACACGGCGUAGUGCUUCCACUGGGAGCAGCAGAUCUAGCUCGAGCUCCAGUAGCAGCUCAGGCUCUAGUUCUGGGUCUUCAAGCGGCUCAAGCUCUGGUUCAUCCAGUCACUCUGGAUCAUCUAGUUCCCGCUCCUCAUCAUCCUCCUCCUCAUCUUCCUCCCCAAGCCCUACCCGCCAGCGCCAUAAUAACAGAAGGCGCUCACGCUCAAAGUCGAAAUCAACAAAGAAAGACGAGAGGGAGCGACGGCGCAGAAGCCCCACGCCAAAACCCACCAAAGUGUAUCUGGGCCGACUGACCAGGAACGUCAUCAAGGAACACAUCCAGGAGAUCUUCUCCACCUACGGAAAGAUCAAGAUGAUCGACAUGCCCAUGAACCGCACACACCCCCACCUGUCGAAAGGCUACGCCUACGUUGAGUUUGAGACGGCCGAUGAGGCCGAGAAAGCUCUCAAACAUAUGGAUGGAGGUCAGAUUGACGGUCAGGAGAUCACAGUCACCGCGGUCCUCACGCCUACAGUGCGUCCUCCUCCUCGCAGACUCUCCCCUCCUCGCAGGAUGCCUCCCCCUCCUCCAAUGUGGCGCCGCACCCCUCCUAGGAUGCGUAGAAGAUCUCGGUCUCCACGGCGACGCUCUCCAGUUCGCCGUAGAUCUCGUUCACCUGGACGCCGUCGCCAUCGGUCACGAUCCAGCUCUAACUCCUCCCGUUGAUAAUUUGUGAACUCCCCUUCUCCCUCAUUCUCCUCUUUUUAGUCUGAAUUAGUGUUUUUAUUUUCUUUAAUUAUAAUUCGUUCAGGUUCUAGUCCACCAGCUGCCAAGUUGCCACUGAGGUGCCCUGAGCAUGGCACUGUCCACGCAAUGUUGCCCAGGCACUUAAGGCAGAGGUCAAAUUCCUUGUGUGUGCAGUGGUGUGCUGUGUCACGAUGACAAAUAAUAAUUUACUUUCAUAAGUCAUCAGUUCCACUUGGUUUGUAGUUUGAAGCCCAUUAAGAAACGCCGUAGUCCAGUGAGUUUCCAGAUUUGGAACGAGUCCAAGUCACGCAAGCUGUGGUGACCUCCACUCUUUGCUGUUACCUGUUUCUCCUUGUCUUUUCACACGUCGACUCCACAGAUGAUCAGAUGGCAUUUUUACUCUUCUGGUUCAGGGGUCACAGAGCUCAACCUUCGCAGUAUCUGGACACUGUUGUUUGUAUCGAAUACCCAGACUCCCCGUCUUCUGGCUGAAUUUUAUUAAAUCUUGUGUUUUGACUGUUU